ACGUCAUCCAAACAGCAAAAUUCACAGCUUUUAGCAGAAUGGCUGACGCUUCUCCAUCUGCUGCUGCUGCUGCCGCUUCACCGUCUCGCUCAUCGGCGCAGUCGCCAUCGCAGACCAGCAAGCAGCAACAGCAGCAACAGCAGCUCGAAGCGCGGCGGCAGCACCAGUUCGCGCAGGAUCGCCCCACAGCCACAGUUGGCAGCGCGUCAUCCAACUACGAAUGGGCGACCGACACUGCCGUCCCGCGCCCGUCCGACUCAUGGACGACGGCCGAGAAAACAAAGAGCAUUGAACGGCUCGUUCCGAUGUACUUUCAACAGCUCAUGACUGGAUGCGGUCAGACACCUUGUUCCAACCCGAAUUGCGCAGGAUUUCCUGAUCGCGCGCGACUCGAUCCAAAUGCCAGCGCUGCUCUGGCCAUCAAUCUUGCCUCGACGCAUGGAGAGUACGCGCUGUGCCCUCGUUUUGGACUUCCAAAAGUCACAAACUUCAACGCAGCCGAUUUGACGAACGAAUUUCAACGUGCGGUGCAAGACAACUCCUUUUCCAAAUUCCUUAGCGUCGUAUGGACCCACUUUUCCGAUCCCGAGCUUUUGGGUGGCAGUUUUCUCAAGUCUCCCAUCCCCAUCUUGCCUGCGUGCCCCGUGGAUUGCGACGGACUUCGACGAGCGUACUCGACCACUUUCGAAACACCUCGGGAAAACGUGCACAACACAUUCACCAACUCGAUCUCGCAGAUGCUGGACAACACCAAGCUACUCAUUGAAAGAGUUGGCGCGCAGAUCAAGCCUCACCACUUGAACGCCCUUGUCGUCAUCUUGGAGCACCCGAUCCUGUCAGAAGUGUCCAGCUACGCAGUCAUCCUGCCUCGGCUGUGCGAGUGCGUUGCGCUUUUGCCGGGGUAUCUUCAGCGCCUUCUCACGACCUGGGUGUCUGAGCUUCCGCUCAAUUCGAUUCGAACUCUUUUGCACAAUGUCGGCAUGUUUCUGGGUGUUCGCGAGUCUGCCCCUUCGUUUGAAGAUUACCACGUCCAAAAUGCUACCAAGAUGAUUGGCCUGAUCUAUGAUGCGAAUGCUCGUCGAGCAGAAGUACUCAAGCUGCCGUCUCUGCCCAUUCAGCAGUUCUACAAUGACCACAUCAGCGAAGGCCUGGAACUUCGCGGCAAUCUCAUCAAUUGGCAACGAGGCACAGGAUUUACUUUUUGCCACUUCCCGUUCGUCAUCACUGCCACUGCAAAGUAUAAUCUUCUGGCAGAAGAAAGCUACAUGAUCCAGAGCAAGCGCCAUACGGACGCGUUUUUCAACAGCAUCUUCUCCGAGGCACAAGAUCCUUAUUUGAGAGUACUUGUUCGUCGAGAUCACAUCAUCGAGGACGUCCUUCUGCAGCUAUCACACAAGGAUCCCUCGCAACUCAAACAUCGCCUUCGAGUUCGCUUUGUCGACGAAGAAGGUGUUGAUGAAGGAGGCGUGCAGAAGGAAUUUUUUCAACUCAUUUUCCGCGACAUCCUGGCUCCAAAGUUUGGCAUGUUCGAGUACGAAGAAGAAACGCGAAACAUGUGGUUCCGCAAAGCCAUCGACGACACACUCCAAGGAGAGUAUGUGCUUGUCGGGCUAUUGAUUGGCCUUGCUAUCUACAAUCGAGUCAUGCUGGACUUGCAUUUCCCCCUGGUCAUUUACAAGAAGCUCCUGGGCAAGCCCGUGACCUUUGCCGAUUUGCAAGUCGCUCAGCCGGCGCUUGCUCAUGGCCUGCAGGAGCUACUCGAGUAUGACGGUGAUGUGGAGGCCACGUUUUGUCGCACCUUCCAACUGUCAUACGACGUAUUUGGUGCGACGAAAACGCACGAUCUGAAGCCAAACGGAGACAGCAUUCCUGUGACGAAUGAAAACCGCCACGAAUUUGUUCAGUUGUACACGGACUGGCUUCUCAACACGUCGAUUGCGGCAUCAUUCAACGAAUUCAAGCGCGGCUUUGACAUGGUGACGGCCGAUACUGCAAUCACGCUCUUUUCACCCGAGGAACUGGAGAUUCUGAUUUGUGGCGAGCCCAAUUUUGACUUUCACUCUCUGGAAAAUGCAACCGAGUACGACGGCGGCUUUGACAAGGAUUCUCCAGUCAUUCGUUUCUUUUGGGAAGUCGUGCACGACAUGUCUGAAGAGGAAAAGAAGCGAUUGCUGUUUUUCGCGACGGGAUCCGAUCGAGUCCCUGUUGGUGGCCUGUCCCAUCUCAAUUUGACCAUUGUGCGCAACGGCACCGAUGCUGAACGCCUCCCAACCGCCCAUACGUGCUUCAACGUGCUAAUGCUCUCAGAGUACCCGACAAAAGAAAAGCUCAAGGAGCGACUCUUGACGGCCAUCGAGAAUUCGGAAGGAUUUGGAUUGAUGUAAAACUUGUCAACAAUCCAUUCAAAUGAUGUUUUUUUUUUUCCCAGACCACUCCAUUUAAAAUUUAC